CUUCCCUUCCCUUCGCUUCCCCUGCUGCCCCCUGGGAAUCCAGGACAGCCCAGCCCCUGCACUGCUCUCACGGGCCCUGUUUGCAUCCCAGAACAGCCAACAUGGAAGAGGAGCCCAUUGAAGAUGUGCCCAUGGGGCCCUUGGAGGAAGAGCAAGAGCAGGGGGGUCAGAGGACCUCCUCCACCGCCCUGGAGGUGGAAGAGGAGAUCAUCCUGCCUGCUUCCACUUCCUUAGAUGACGAAGACGAGGAAACCAUCUUGCCCGUGUCCACAUCCCUGGAAGGGGAAGAUGGUGGCAAGGAGACGUCCCUCCCGCCUUCGGAGUGGGAGACCUCCGAGUCGCUGGUCCCGCAGGAGCAGAGCCCCAGCAACGAGGGGUCUUCUUCCCAGCCUCUGGAGAGCUCUGAGCCUUCUUCUUCCUUGGCCUCCUCACCUUCCUCGUCGGCCGUUUCCUGGAGGAGGCAGAAGGACAACCAGCUGCAACCCCUGGAGGAGGUGGAGGACACGGAGGAGACCACGGCGGAGCUCAGCAGCAUCCUUCCCCAGAGGAGUCUGGAGAAGAAGGCCAAGAAGAAGGGCGCCAUGGUCAAGAAGGGAGCUCUGAACUACACCGUGAGGCCUGUGGUGCCAGCUGAGAAGGCAGAGCUGAUAUCGGUGGCCAAAGCGAUGCACCGGGAGAACUUUGGCAAGAACGUCAAGGAGCUCUUCCACCUGGAGAAGGAGGCAGCCCUGAAGUCCAUCGAGACAGGCCUCUAUAUCGGCUGGCGCUGCCCAGAGUACCUGUGGGACUGUUUCCGCGUGGGUGACGAGUCCAAGUGUUUCUGUGGGCAUCUGCUGAAGCAGCACCAGGUCUAUGUAGACAGGCGGGCGACCGUGUCCUGCACCCUGCAGGGGUGCAAAUGCCAAGCCUUCAUGUUCAUCCCCUCCCGCCCAGAGGAGGUGGGCGAAUUCUGGCUGCGGAGGAGAACCGGCUUCGACCCAGCGGCCUGGCGGGCCAAAUGCCGCUGCAAGCACACCCACGAGGAGCACACGCCCAACGGAGCCCGGGGCUGCGGUGCCCGAGGCUGCUCCUGUCUGGCUUUCACCUCCAACUUCUUGUGCGCUGCCUGCGACCGGCGCUGGGAGGAGCACGAGACUUUCUUUGAGUCGGAGGAGACGCGGCGGAAGGGGGGCCGGCCGUGCGGAGAAGCCUAUCUGCCUUUUGCCGAGAUGCCCGAACUGCGCGAUGCCGUCCUGACGGGGCGCUCCGAGGACAGCUCUGCCUACCAAGCCCUGCAGGGCCAGGCCUUCCCUGCCCUGCCUGCCCCCUCUGGCUCACGCGCUCUGCCUCUUCCCCCCUCAGGGCCCCGGAGGAUAGUGGAGAAGGACCACAAGAAGGCCUGAGGGUGGCCGGCGGAUGGGACCCCCCCCCCACAGCGAGAGGCAAUAAAGAGAGGCUGCUCUA